UCUGUCACAAAGUUUGCCUAAUAAUUUCGGAAAUGUUUGGUAUUUGACAAACUUAUCUCCAAUGACGCGUCUACACGUGAGACCACGACGCAUCCAAAUUACCUUGCCAAAUAAUUCUUGAGAAGUCGAUUUCAAAAUGGCUGCAAAGAAGAAGCUAGCAAAAGCUGCUUACAUUUCUCAUGCAUUCAAACGACAAGACGAGCUGAAGCACAUUGACGUGGAGGGACCAAGACUACAAAGAGCAUUCUGGGCGAGGCCAUGGCUCUUAGCUCGGAAAAAUGAUUGUAGCACCGUGUACCCCGAAAUCGAAACGGACACAGAAAAGUUUAAGGCCACGUUCCGAAUGGACCUGUCCACAUUUGAGUUGAUCUUUCGUCGCAUUGAAGGAAGAAUAACUAAGAUUGCAACCAACAUGAGACAACCCAUUCCCCCGCGAGUCAGAUUACAAGUGGCCUUGCGGUACUUGACCUCUGGUUGCUCAUUUAAAGUGUUGGAGGAGGCCUUCAGAAUAAGUUCCAAGGCCAUUGCCCUGAUUGUGCCUCAAGUUUGUGACGCCAUAUGGCAAGAGUUCGCUGAGGAGGAAAUUAGAAGUCCCCAAACGCAACAAGAGUGGCUCGAAAAGGCCAAAGUUUUCGACUCAAAGUGGAAUUAUCCUUUUUCCUUGGGAGCCCUUGACGGAAAACAUUGCCUUGUAAAAUCAUUCGGCAAUUCAGGUUCUCUUUUUUACUCCUACAAGCAAGAUUUCAGCGUUCUCCUCCUGGCACUUGUUGAUGCCGAAUACAGGUUCAUGUAUGUAGACAUCGGUGCACCAGGAGGUAGCAAUGAUUCUGGUGUCAUGAAAGUAUCAAACCUUCAAUCAGCUCUUGACAAUGGCAACCUUAACCUCCCUGUGGAAAAACAUCCAUUGGGUGUUGAUUAUCAUUUCAUCGGUGAUGACGCAUUUGGAUUUACGACUCGUCUUGUUAAGCCUUAUCUUUCUCGAGGGCUGACUGCGCAACAAAGAAUAUUUAACUACAGAUUCUCAUGGACCCGGAGAGUGGUUGAGAACGCGUUUGGCAUCAUGUCGAGCAAAUUUCGCGUCCUCCGAACGGCUAAUCACCAGAACUACGAGAACUGUGUCAAGACAAUAAAAGCAGUUACUGUGCUUCACAAUCUCUUGCUCAAACCCCAUGAGAUUAUUACUGCGGACGCUGAGGGCUCUUCCUAUGAAAAUUGUUCCAUUAUGGACCGUAUCCAAUCGCAAUGUGGGAACAGAACCGGCACUACUGAGGCCCGUGACCAACGAGACAAGAUGGCUCAACAUUUCUUCUCUGGUCAGGGACAAGUUCCUUUUCAGUGGGAAUGAGCCUUUUACGCCUGAAUUUUCAAUGAGCUCAAUGAUAUUUCAUUGAAUCAGUUCAAAUUUGUAAUUCUCAUGGAGCACGUAAACUUUGUUUAUAACGUUAAAGUAUUGCCUAAUAAUAAUGAUAAUCAUUACAUUGUGACUCCAGGUAAUGUCAAUUUGGAAAAUGUAGAUAAGUGUGCGUAUUAAUAUCAUGUU